AGACAAAAUUUUGCCUUCGCCUUAUUUCGCGCGACCAAAGAUGGCGGGUGAUGUGAAAAGCGAUGACUAAAAUGUUUUUUGAAAUUGAACGAAAUUCAAUGCAAAAUUUACACGUCAGUCGCAGAUAUCAUAAUGUAAACACUCCGAUUGUCAAAGUGACGAUUCAAAUCUCCGUGUUUGUGCAAAAAGAGAAAACUUUGUGAUCGGUCGAAGGAAAAGUCUUGCAAUUUGUGAGAUCGACCAUGUUUCAACGUCGUAGAAGAGGUCCUGGUAUCGGUCUGUUAUUUUUAAUCAGCCAGCUAUACAACAUCGGGUUCAACAGGAUUCCUCCAGUGACACUCUCGUUUAUCGGUAUAAACGUCGCAGUUUAUCUUCAGCUAUUGAAAAGUCUUCCACCUCUUGGGAAAGCUUGUGUCAGUGCUCAUCACGUCUGGUUUCAUGGCGACUGGAAGCGUCUCAUUCUCGCUGCAUUUUACCACUUGGACGACUUCCAUCUGUACUACAACAUGGCUUCGUUCGUUUGGAAAGGCAUGUCACUUGAAAGAAGAAUGGGAAGCUCAAGAUUCUUGUACGUCUUGGCAGUGUUUACCGCCUUAACAAACACGGUGCUGGUUGCACUGGACAUUGCUCUGGCGAACAUAACAGAAGAUUACUCGUACAUUUACACUUGUGCUGCCGGAUUUUCAGGAGUUAUAUUCGCCCUGAAAGUUCUUACAACUUACCACCUACCCUCUGGUGUAUCUAUGGUGAUGGGUAUGUUCCCCGUACCCAUGAGAUGGGCUUGCUGGGUCGAGUUGAUUGUGAUUCAGCUGUUAGUCCCUCAUGCCUCAUUUACUGGUCAUCUGGCAGGUAUUCUUGUUGGAAUGAUGUACGUGAAAGGUCCUCUGAAGUAUUUCAUGGAUAAAGUCAGUGGUGCAGGCUCUGUAGUGACAAGAGGAAUGAGACGUUCCUAUACCUAUCAUGCCGGAACAACAGGUGGAAGGCAGAGAACUCCAAAUGACUCUGAUUCAGAUGAAGAACUCAGAGCAGCCAUUAGGGCAAGCCUCCAGGAAACACACAUGAAUCGAUCACCCACUCUAGAGGACUAUGAUCCCGGGAUACAGUCUGCGAUUAGAGAAAGCCUUGAUAGUGCUGGAGGGGAGCCUUCUAGAUGGUCCAAUGAUCAAAGGCCUCGAAGAGGUGGGCCAUCCUCAGUACCCCCGCCAUAUCCCGCACGAGACGAGGGCCUGUCCAAUCCCCGGUCAACCACUCCUGGUGGUGCGACAUCGCAAUCUCCACCCUACCCACAGACAGGAGGCCUUUAUCCCAGGCUCCACGACCCUCCGUCUUACACAGAUGCGACAUUUUCGCGAUCUCUACCCUACCCCUCACAGGGGGGAGGAUUGUAUUCCACAGGCCCAGAACCCUCAGCUCCCCCAGCGGAACACGUCGUUAACGGACACCCAGGGAGUUCGUUGCCAUACCCCACGGAAAGCCAAAGUUCCUUGGACGAAAUCCGGAGAAGAAGAAUUCAACGAUUUGAAAGAUAGGCCUUAGUUUAAAAUUCACCUUUACAGGCUUCAUUGCGUGUAUUGCAAUAAUUUUGUUGGACAAGAGGAAUUUUCUGAUGACGUUCUCAGAAACGGCCGUUUUCACAUCUCGGCGCUAUCAAAGACCUUUUCUUUACAUCAUCUAUGUUCAAAAAUACCUUAAGUGGGCUGUAAUUGACUGAUGGAAACUAAAAGGGAUCCUAUUCUCGGCCAGCUGCAAUUUUCAUUCGUUUUUACAUAAUUUAAAAAGGGAGACUGUAAUGGCCGAUCGAGGAUGACGAUUGUUUUUUCCGAAAUCGUUGGCUUUCAAAAACCUUAUCCAAGGUGAAACUUUCGUAAAACCGUUAGCUUUCAAAAGUUCUAUCCAUGGUGAAAAUUCAAGGUUGUAGCAUAUUCGUAUUCCCCUUUUUUUCAAAUUCGCCUAAACCAAUGGCUUUUCCAUCCAUUACAAAAUAAACCAGCGAGGUCUAAAUUGUAUAAAUUAUUACAGAUAAUAGUAAGGAAGAAAUUUAUUCAUUACAGGUACAUUCACUGGAGUAACUGCAGAAUACCCGGCCAUUCGAAGGUGUACCCCUUAAAAACCUGGAUACGCGGCCACGCAGUUUGUGCUGUGUCUUUCUCUUUUUCACGUUUUUAGAACGAGAAAUGGACACGUUACAUUGUUAGGUGGCUACCUGGCCACGUAGUCGCGUAGCCACAGUUUCAAGAAGUGUUUUUGGAGUGGCCGGGUAUUCUGCAGUUAAGCCCACUCACCCUACAGCAGACUAAACUGAUUUAGAGAUGGAAAGGAAGUACUUCUCUUACUUUUGUUAUCGCUGUAUUUGCAGGCCUCAUGAUUUUUGUCGGCAGCUGCGGUGUCAACGUUGAUUUAUUUGUUGUAGAAAUAGGUGUACAUUCAAAUUUUAGCAGAGUAAAUGUAUAUUAGGUUUUAUAUAACAGGUUUUCGUGCUUGUUAGACAAACGCUGCUUCGGCAUAUUUUCAUAAAUUAUCUUAACCACGAGUUCGCGAUUCGUGAUAUCAUAUCAGAAAAAGCAACGGUUGUUACGUGAGCUUGUCAUCAGGUGACGUCAUGUUGCUUGGUAACGUCCUUGCCUCGUUCCGGUACAGCUUUCUCCAAGGCCUUUAACGAUCACUUGAUUUCGGUGACGUAUCCGGAACGACGUAACCCGAAAACGUUUAACCGCGGCGAAAUAUCGUGGCCUAGGAACUAGGCAAGUAACGUCCCAGAAAUCGCGGACUCAGUGUAGUCGGGAAGAUGUACACAAACGUUCUUAGUGAAGUAGUCCCUGUGUAUUGGUUAAUUCAAGAGUUGAAUAAAUAUACUGAACACUUA